AUGCCGUCGCAAACCGACACCGCCGCGCCCACGGGCACUACUUCAGCGAAGCGAUUUGAGCUUCCCGCUCUGGAUCUCAAGUUCGGCUCUCUGACGGACGGUACCAACAUCCCCCCGCCACUCCCAUCGCCGAUACAGGAGGAAGCCGCUCCGACACCACCAGACACGCCAAACGGUGCGCAGGCGACGCAGGGAGCGAAGGACGCCGCCAAUGGGAAGUCGAACACCGUAUCACCCAAUUCCCAGCCAUCGAGCAUCAUAACCGCGGGCAUCAAACGACGCGCCGAAGAUGGCCCUGCUUCCCCCACCUUGUCGAACCGUCCCGGGAGUAUCCGCCGUCUUUUCAGCCGGAAUCUCUUGAAUACGGCCUACAGCAACGUGAACGAAAAUGGCCAGGACGGACGGCCCCAGAGCCGCAGCGGCUCCAGCGUGGCGGACUCGCGGAAAGCAAAGCGAUCUAGCGGCUGGUUCGGCCGGUUACGGAACACUGAACCCGCUCCCAGCAGCGCCGUAACGCCUCUUUCGCCGCCCGUCACGGACGAAAAGAAACCGACGGGCCCACCGCCGCCCAUGAUCCCCGAGCUGAACGAGCUGAACACGAAGCUGGGCAUCCAAGCCGACAAUACCUUCGGGGGCGACUUCUUCAAGAAUAUAAAAUAA